AUUUACCUGCCUCUGAUCAGCCACCUGCGUGGGUAGAAUCCAAGGACCAUGUGUGUGGGGAGAAUCCAGGGACUUUUUGGUGGAGCAAUUACUGGCCACCUUUAGGAUAUUGUGAUCAACUGUCAUCUUGGGAGAUCAAGUACAGUACAGUAGAGAUCAAGGCAUCAUCACAGAGUCAUUUCCUCUGCUACUGCAGGUUUUCUGGCAGAACCAAUGUGGGCAAAUCAUCUGCAGGCUAUGCGCCCCACAAGAGCUCCACAUGGGAGGCUUCAUAGAAACAGGGAUGCUGUGGCCUGGCCCUUCUCUAGGCUCUGGAGAGUCUCUGACCCAACUUUGUUCCAAAUGACCAUCAUUGCUGCUCUCUGGGUUGCUGUUUUUGGUAAAUGUGGUCCACCACCUGAUUUACCUGAUGCCAUGCCAGUAAGUGAGACGAACCAGACAGACUUUGAAAGCUCAACUUCCCUGAAAUACAUUUGUCGUCCUGGCUACAGUAGGGCAUCUUCAAACCAGAUCAUUUACUGUGAACCUGAUGGGAAAUGGCGGAUUGAUAUUGCCUGUGUCAAAAAAUCAUGCAGGAAUCCGGGAGAAUUACAGAAUGGACAAGUGGAAGUCAAGACAGAUUUCUCCUUUGGAUCACAGGUAGAAUUCAGCUGCUCAGAAGGGAGGCAGACACAGGUGGAUUUCCGUGAAUUUAGAUAUAUCUUAGUUGGCUCAUCCACUAGUUAUUGUGAGAUCCAAAGUAAAGGAGUCGCCUGGAGCGAUCCUCUCCCACAUUGUGUAAUUGUCAAGUGUGAGUCCCCUCCAGACAUCAACAAUGGGAGGCACAGUGGUGGUGAUGACUUCUACACGUAUGGCUCCUCCAUCACCUAUUGGUGCGAUUCCCGCUUCAUUCUCCGUGGCAAUGCCUCCAUUACCUGCACCGUAGUGAACAAAACAGUAGGUGUUUGGAGUUCAAGCCCCCCUGCUUGUGAAAGAAUCACCUGUUCUCAGCCAAAUAUUUCACAUGGAACAAUUGUUUCUGGAUUUAGAACUACCUACAAACCCAAAGAAUCCGUUAGAUUUACCUGCAUGAAAGGGUUCAUCCUCAGAGGCAGCAGUUUCGUUCACUGUGGAGAGGAUGGAAACUGGAGUCCUUUCCCCAUCUGUGAGCUCAAUAGUUGCACUAAUAUACCAGACAUUCCACAUGCUUCCUGGACACGAAAUCCCAAGCCAACAAAAGAAGACUUUUAUCCGGUUGGGACUAUGUUACACUACAAUUGCCAGCCUGGCUAUGAGCCUGCUUUAAGACAGCGGACGACUGUGAUUUGUCAGAAGGAUUUCACCUGGAGCCCGUUUAAAGGAUGCAAGGAGAUAUGUUGUCCAGUACCAGAUGCAAAGAAUGUUAGAGUCAUUGAACAUAAAAGAAUGUAUCCUGAGAAUGGCUGUACUUAUUUCCAUGAUGACACAGUAUCAUACAAAUGCCAUGAUGAUAAAACCUCCUCGGCUACUUGCAGUUCAGAUGGCACAUGGCAUCCCAAAACUCCAUCAUGUGAUCAGAAUUGUGAUUUUCCUCCAAACAUUGCCCAUGGAAAUUAUACCACAUCUACUACUAGGUACUUCACAACUGUGGCAACAUAUCGGUGUGAUAAAGGAUACAGACUGGUUGGAGAGGCAAAUAUCUCCUGCUGGCUUUCACAAUGGAGAUCAGCAGCUCCACAAUGUAAAGCUUUGUGCCAGAAACCAGAGAUAAGGAAUGGAUUGCUGUCUGCCAAUAAAGAUCAAUAUGUUGAAUCUGAAAGUGUCACCGUCCAGUGUAACUUUGGCUUUGCCAUGCUAGGUUCCCAAAGUAUCACUUGUUCAGAGAAUGGAACCUGGUACCCAGAGCUGCCCGAAUGUGAGGAGGUGGCCUCUAAAGACUGUGAGCAUGUAUUCAAAGGCAAGAAGUUGAUGCAAUGUCUACCAAAUCCCAAUGAUGUGAAAAUGGCGCUGGAGAUUUACAAGCUCUCUCGGGAGAUUGAGAUAUUAGAGCUACAGAUACGCAAGGAAACACAAACUACCCUGGAGUGGUGACUGGAAGCUCUCUCAAGAAGGAGGAAGAAGCACGGCAUUGUCUUUCUGACUUCGGUGCCAAAACAGGUCGCCUGCACUUAGCACCUUUGGUCGCUUUGGCACUAAUGUUCAUGAUAAUAAAUAUCUGGUUAGGCUAAUUCAUUAAAGCAUAAUGUUUUAAGUUUAUGAAAUAAUUAAUCAUCUUGUGGCUCAUAAAUUUGCUUUUUCUGAAUACAACGUGCACAUAUUUUCAAUUAAAAAUCAAUUUUGCUCCUGUA